ACGUCAGCUGCCAUGAUAACCUUGUUAUCAAAAUCGAAUUCUCCCGCGUGUCGAGUGACCUUCGUUACUCUUGCUUUUAUUUGUAGGUUAUUCAUUCAGUCUUCUGUCAGCUGUUAUGCGCGGUUGUUAUUAUCUGUGUAUUUGUCUAGAUUAUUAAACAACCAAUUUUACUGCAGUAAACAUGUUUUCAAUUGAUGCUCCAAUUGAACUGCAAAAUACUGAGUAUUGCAACUAUAGAUCACCGCUAAGUACAAGAUAUGCGUCGAAGGAAAUGCGGUACAAUUUCAGUGACCAGAAAAAGUUUUCUACAUGGAGGAAGCUCUGGCUCUACUUGGCGCAGGCUGAAAAGGAACUAGGUCUAGAUAUAACAGACGAGCAACUGGAAGAGCUCGAGUUGUCGAUUCACGAGAUCGACUUCGCAUCCGCUGCAGAGCACGAGAAGAAAGUUCGCCAUGACGUCAUGGCACACGUCCACACUCUCGCGGAAAAGUGCCCGCACGCAGCACCUAUCAUCCACCUCGGGGCUACGUCGUGCUAUGUAGGAGAUAACACUGACUUGAUUGUCAUGAGGCACGGCUUGGAGCUACUGCUGCCUCGUUUGGCUGCUGUGAUUAGUUGCUUGGCAAAGUUCGCUAAUGAUCACAAAUCGAUCCCAAUUCUUGGUUUUACGCACCUCCAACCCGCUCAGCUGACAACAGUCGGCAAGCGAGCUUCGCUUUGGCUAAGUGACUUGUUAAUGGACGAGCGCGCACUCUCCCGUGCCAAGGACGAUCUGCGCUUCCGUGGAGUCAAGGGAACUACCGGCACCCAAGCCUCCUUCAUGCAACUCUUCGAUGGCAACGGUGAGAAAGUCCGUUGCCUGGACAAACGUGUCGCUGAAUUAGCUGGCUUCGAAAAGCGAUACAUCGUCACCGGACAAACGUACUCCAGAAAAGUUGACAUUGAAGUUAUUGGGGCUCUGUCAAGCCUCGGAGCCACGAUUCACAAGAUGUGCUCAGACAUUCGAAUUCUUGCUUCCCGCAAGGAGAUAGAGGAACCAUUCGAAACGUCGCAAAUUGGUUCAAGUGCGAUGCCGUACAAGAGAAAUCCUAUGAGAUCUGAGCGAUGCUGCGCGUUGGCUCGUCAUCUGAUUACUCUUCACGCGAACGCAGCUAACACACACGCUGUUCAAUGGUUGGAACGUACUUUAGACGAUUCUGCUAAUCGUAGACUCACUAUCGCUGAAGCUUUCCUAACCGCAGAUGCCACUUUGAUAACCCUCCUCAAUGUCUGCCAGGGACUUGUUGUUUACCCUAAAGUUAUCGGUCGCCACAUCGCACAAGAGCUACCUUUCAUGGCUACUGAAAACAUCAUUAUGGCUAUGGUUCAAAAUGGAGGUGAUCGUCAAGAGUGCCAUGAAAAAAUUAGGGUGCUGUCACAUGAAGCAGGUGCUCAAGUGAAACAACAUGGAUUGGACAAUGACUUGAUCGAGCGUGUGAAGAAUGAUCCUUACUUCAGUCCUAUAAUUUCACAACUUGAUAAAAUUCUGGAUCCUAGUACUUUUAUAGGCCGCGCCCCUGAACAAGUCGAGGAGUUUAUUGCAGAAGAAGUAGAAGCUGUCAUUGCAAAGUAUAAAGAUACUUUAGUUGAAGUUGAAAAACCCGUCGUUUUAAAUAUUUAAACUCCUGCUUGUAGUACAUACGCAGACAGUUUUUAUUGGAAUAUUAGUAUCAUGACUGGUUAAUAGUGCCUAAAAGUGUAAGAAUGUUAUUUCAGUACUUUAAGAAAAGCCAGUUUGUUUAAUGUCAUAAUA